ACGUGAAUUCCCCUAGGAUCUUAACCCUGUUUAGUUAAAAAAUAUGUCAAAGGCGAAAGUUUAAGGAUAUUACUGUUAACAAUUCAUAAAUGUAAUUGAAGCAUGUCCCUUGCUACCCUAUUAACCGCCGUACGGAUUAACUUCAGAUACUUUGGUGUUGGACUUUGAAUGCCCGACAAUGACAUCGACCGAUGACUAUAGUGAUUUUGUGAAAAGUGUUCAAAGGAACCUCGAAGAGGGCAACACGGUUCACGCGCUAACAAUCUUUACCGACAACAAGAACAGUGUCGAGGUGCAAAGGAACUCAUGGGACCUGAUCCCGCUCAUUUGCAAAUAUCUCACAAAUAAAUAUGAAACAGAGCACAUUGAAGUGUUCAAAUGCUGCGAAAAACUAUUGUCUAUUGUUUCUGAACAGUCCAAUCCAGAGGAGUCUCUUUUACAGUUCAUUGAAGAGAUUGAGGAGUCCAAUGAUGAUACCAAAUUUAUAGCCCUCCUUAAGCCUCUGCCUAAGGUUUUUUCCAGAAUUCCAUUGAAAAGGCUGAACUCCCUUGCCUGGUGUUUGAAUGCCAUUGAGGUGUACUUGAAGAAAAUUGAGCCUCCCAAAGCUGUGAACCUGGUAGGAAAGGAGAAGCUUUUGAUGGAUACUGAUGAGAACAGUGUCAGGAUAACCACUUUGUAUUUAGACAUGUUACCAUUCUAUGAUAUGUUCUUGCGAGAAGUUAAAGUAAAUAAGAAUGAACAAAGGGUUGGAGUCAUUCAAAAAUUUAUGAUACAAUUGCUUGGAGAUCCUUUAGUCUAUCUGGAUAUGGAAGUUUUUGAUGGUAUUAAAAGUAGAGCUAGAACUAUAGCAGAACAUAUAAUUGAAAAGCUGUUUCAAACUGUAUUAGACCCUGUCAAGUUUUUAAAAAUGACACCUAAUGAGAAGGAUGGGGACAUGUAUGUGCCAAGUUUGUUAGGAGUUGCUGUGAUGUUUUAUUUAGUUUAUUCAGAGUUUUUGCAAGUUGGAAAUUAUCCUAAGGUCUAUGCUUCAGACUAUUUCUUCCAGAAUUCCUUAUAUCUGGUGACUGAACUGCUCAAAAAAAAUAAUCAAAUUACUGUAGAGAAAGGGCUAGAUUUGGCUGCAGCAUUGCUAAAACAUGUCGAAGGUAUGAAUUUAUCUUAUUUGAUGCUAGAUUCACCAGAUCAUAGUGAAUUUUGCAAAACAUUAUCAAAUGUAAUAGUUUACAAUGAACUAGAGCUCAUAAGAAAGAAAGCUAUUGAAGUAUACAAAAAAUAUUUGUGGUGUUUUGACAAGCAUGGGGUGUAUCUUUUAGUAUACAAUAUUGUUACUAAUGAGACUCACAGUGGUCUUAUUGGAUUUACAAUAACUCAGUAUAAAGAAGUUUUAUUCCAGCAGUUUGCUAAUGAAACUGAAAUCUCAGAGUAUUACAGAGGUGAGAAUCUGUUUAAGUUACUGAAACUGGUUUGUUGUUUAAAAAAAGGACCAGAAACAGAUUUACUGGAAGUUUAUGAACAGAUAUUGUCAUCUUUAAAUUUUUUGAGAUUUUUGGCUUUGCAAGACAAGGAAAAUAGAACAAAUAUUUGGAAUUAUUUCCCACACUUGGAAGAAAGCUAUUUGUCUCCUUUAAGAAAGGGAAUUGAACUUUCCAGAGCACAUUAUGAACUUAAAGUUAAAGAAGUUAAGGAAGAGAAACCAGAAAUGUCUGGGUCUAAGGAGACAGAAAUGGUUGUGACAGUUUCUGGGCAGGAUCUCCCACAUAUGGAAACUAGUGAGAAGCUGCAGCUAUUGCAUUGCUCAUUAAAUAGAUUUGAUGUAAUGGAUAGUGUUUUAAGCAGGGUGAUUGAAUUAACUGAUAAAAAGUAAUCUGUUAUCAUAGUUACUCAAGCAAUAUGCUAUAGAAUAUAAGAAUAAGAAUUAUUUAUCUAAUUUAUAACUUUUAUAUCAAGUAUCAAAUACAUUAAUUUAAGUCCAA